AUGGAGGUACUUAGAGAGAAGGUAGAGGAGGAGGAGGCAGCUGAGCGUGAGGAAGCUGCUGAACGGGCAGAAUGGGCUGAAAAGAUGGAGAGGAUGACGAAGACAGCUGAAGUGAGCAAAGAGGAAACUAUCAUGACACAGGAUGAGCUCCGAGACUUGGAGAAGAGGCUAACAUCUAUUGAGAUCUCCAUCCCAGCUGAAUACUCGUUCAUAAACAAGUCCCUCAUUGAUGUCACCAAGCUGCCUCCUUCCUACAGUACCAACUCACCCAAGGAGGAGCACCUGCUGCAAGUGGCAGAUAACUUCUCUCGCCAGUACAGCCACCUGUGCCCAGACCGUGUGCCUCUCUUCUUGUGCCCGUUAAAUGAGUGCAACGUGCCUAAGUUCGUGAGCACCACCCUGAGGCCUACACUGAUGCCCUAUCCAGAACUCUACAACUGGGACAGCUGCUCCCAGUUUGUGUCUGACUUCCUCACCAUGGUUCCCCUGCUUGACCCUCUCAAGCCACCCAAGUACCUGUAUUCCUCGACCACUGUGCUCAAGUGCCAGAAGGGGAACUGCUUUGACUUCAGCACCCUGCUCUGCUCCAUGCUCAUUGGUUCUGGAUAUGAUGCCUACUGCGUCAAUGGCUAUGGCUCACUGGACCUGUGCCUCAUGGACCUGACAAGGGAAGUGUGUCCACUCACCGUAAAGGUCAAAGAGGUAGUCAAGGAGGAAGAGAAGGCCAUGCCUAAAAAGUAUACCGUCAAGCCUCCCAGGGACCUGACCAGCAAGUUUGAGCAGGAGCAGGAGAACAAGAGAUUGCAGGAGAUCAAGAACCAGGAAGAGAAGCGUCUCAGGGAGGCGGAAGAGCGCCUCCUGGCGGAAGAGAAAGCAAAGCCCGACCCCCUGCAUGGCCUUCGGGUGCACUGCUGGGUCCUGGUGCUCGCAGGGAAGCGUGAGGUGCCUGAGAGCUUCUUCAUCGACCCGCUAACAGCGCACAGCUAUAGCACCAAGGAUGAUCACUUCCUGGGCAUCGAGAGCCUAUGGAACCACAAGAACUACUGGAUCAACAUGCAGGACUGUUGGAACUGCUGCAAGGAAUUGGUCUUUGACCUGGGAGACCCUGUGAGAUGGGAGUAUAUGCUCUUGGGGACCGAUAAGCCUCACCUGUCUUUGACUGAAGAGGAUGAGGAUGUGCUGGAUGAUGAUGAUGACAUAGACAAUCUGGGCAAAGAAGAAGAGGAUAAGAGCUUCGACAUGCCACCUUCAUGGGUCGCCCAGAUUGAGAUCACCCCAGACGAGUUUGAGACCCGUUGCCCCAAUGGAAAGAAAGUGAUACGGUACAAGAGGGCACAGCUGGAGAAGUGGGCCCCAUACCUCAACAACAAUGGCCUGGUGUGCCGCCUCACCGUCUAUGAAGACCUACAGUGUACAAAGGUUCUGGAGAUAAAGGAGUGGUACCAGAACCGAGAGGACACGCUGGAGCUGAAACACAUAAACAAGAUCACAGGCCUCGCCACGCCGCCCCCCCCCCCCCCCCCCCCCCCCCCCGACCCAGUGCACUCUUACAAGUCUAUGCUGCCUGAGAUGGAUCGAGUCAUGGAGUUCUAUGAAAAGAUCCGUGUGGAUGGCCUGAUAAAGCGGGAGGAGACACCCCUGACAAUGACAGAGUACUAUCAGGGGCGCUCAGACUUCCUCUCCUAUCGCCACAUCAAUUUUGGACCUAGAGUCAAGAAGCUCACCCAGAACAGUGCAGAGUCCAACCCGAGGCCCAUGGUGAAAAUCACAGAGCGGUUCCUCCGAAAUCCAGCGAAGCCUGCAGAUGAGGACGUGGCAGAGCGAGUAUUUCUGAUCGUAGAGGAGCGCAUUCAGCUUCGCUACCACUGCCGCGACGACUACAUCACUUCAUCCAAGCGUGAGUUCCUGCGGCGCACAGAGGUGGACAGCAAAGGCAACAAGAUCAUAAUGACACCCGACAUGUGUAUCAGCUUCGAGGUGGAGCCAAUGGAGCACACCAAGAAACUUCUCUACCAGUAUGAGACCAUGAUUCACCUGAAGAAUGAAGAAAAGCUGUCCCGACAUCAAGCCUGGGAGUCAGAGCUGGAGGUGCUGGAGAUCCUGAAGCUGAGGGAAGAGGAGGAUGACGCACAUAUGCUGACCAUCUCCAUCUAUGACACCAAGCGCAAUGAGAAGAGCAAAGAGUAUCGGGAGGCCAUGGAACGUGUCUUGCAUGAGGAGCACAUGCGGCAGGUGGAGUCCCAGCUGGACUACCUGGCACCAUUCCUGGCACAACUCCCUCCAGGCGAGAAGCUAACACGCUGGCAGGCCGUGCGCCUCAAGGAUGAGUGCCUCAGCGACUUCAAGCAGCGCCUCAUCGACAAGGCUAACCUCAUCCAGGCCCGCUUUGAGAAGGAGACUCAGGAAUUGCAGAAGAAGCAGCAAUGGUACCAGGAGAACCAGGUAACCCUGUCACCCGAGGAUGAAGACCUGUACCUGAGCUACUGUUCUCAGGCCAUGUUCCGAAUCCGCAUCUUGGAACAGCGGCUCAAUCGGCACAAAGAACUGGCUCCACUGAAGUACCUGGCGCUGGAGGAAAAGCUCUACAAGGACCCACGCUUGGUAGACUUUGUGAAAGUCUUUGUUUGAUGCCCCUCAUGAGACAGACCAUGGCAAAAACUGCCAGAGAAUGGAGUCCCUCCCUUCUCCCCAGGCACUGUGAUCCCACGCCGGCCUCACUGCCACACUACCUCCCUGUCCCUCAGUCUCCCUCAAAUAAACACACUUCGUAUUUGCUAUUUA